CACGCCAAAAAAAGCUUGCACCGAGACCACAAUCGAUCGGAUACUUUCUCUCUCCGACACCUAGAGUUACUGAUUCCAGCCCAGGUUCUUCCUACUUCUAUUUUCGUUCACCCAUCAACUAACUGCUACUGCUUCAACCCAUGACGGAAACGAGUCUGCCCAGCCAAACGGCGCUUGCGCCCAGCACCACCAAGCCCGCUCUCGUACUACCCAAACAAGGCGUCGCCAAGGUCAAGUCCGUCACUUCGGGGGAUACCGUGGUACUUUUGGGUAAGCCUCCGCAACCCAAUCUGCCCUGUCCCGAAGUACUCUUUACCCUCGAAGGCCUUUCGGCUCCGAGAAUGGCGAGCAAGGUCAAUCCUACCGACGAGCCGGGCGCCUUUCCCGCCCGCGAAUGGCUCCGUCAACAGCUGGUGGGCAAAGUGGUCCGCUUCGAGACUCGCAAGCAGCCGAACAGUGCCGGUGAUCGCGUCUACGGCUGGAUCUUUUUGCCCGCCACCGCUCCCACGGAUCCUCCCGUACACGUAGCCGUGGAAUGCGUGCGUGCGGGACACGCGACGCCCAAAUCGCUCAAGUACGCCACCGGCAACGACACGGAGGCUCCGGCCGUCGUACCCACCGCGCCGUCUCCCGACGAUGCACCGGAAGUCGCGGCCGCCAAGGAAUACGAGCUGCAGCUCGGGAAAGCCUACGCGGAAGCCAAGUCGGCACGGGUGGGUCUGCACGCCACGGAUCCCCUACCCCUCGUACGGACCCUCCGCGUCGCCAACGAAGACUUCGCGACGCUCCAGUUCGUGGAAGCCGUGCAAAAGCACUGUACCCACAAACGGAUUCGUUGCGUCAUUGAAUACGUCUUUGACGGAUCCCGGCUGCGUCUGCACGUGACGGAUGCACAGUUGCCCGAGUUCCAGUACACUUCCUUUACCCUCUUGUUGGCGGGAGUCACGUGUCCCCGGCUCGGGAGCGCCAAGUCCGAUCCACCCACUCCGAACGAACCCUUCGCCGUGCAAGCCCGGGAAUUCACGCAGACCAGACUGCUCCAACGCGAACUCGACGUGUCUCUCGUCGGCACCGAUAAGGUCGGAUCCUCCGCCGUCGGAGUCGUCCAUCAUCCUGUCGGCAAUAUCGCCGUCGAAUUGCUCAAGAACGGCUUGGCCCGCAUGGCGGACUGGAGUGUCCGCCUCCUCGCGGUCGGCGAUGUUCCGGCGCUCCGCGUCGCGGAAAACACGGCCAAACGCACCGCCUUGAACGUCUGGCGCAAUUACGCUCCACCCACGCUGCAGACGGCGUCGCAAGUCUCCGGAACCGUGGUCGAAGUCGUGUCCGGCGACACCGUCCUCAUACUCCCCGACGGCAAGGCCUACGACAGUGAAGCCGUCUUGUACAAGGUCUCGUUGGCGUCGAUGCGCGCCCCGCGGGUCGGGAACGAACGCGCUGGACGGCCCGACGAACCCUACGCCGUCGAGUGCAAGGAGCGUUUGCGCGUCUUGACUGUCGGUCGGGCCGUGAAAGCCCAAGUCCACUACGAACGCGACAUUCCACUGCAACCCGGUGUCAACGAAACGCGGCCCUUUGCGACCCUCUCCACACCCAAGUACGAGGACGUGGCCGAGGUGCUUAUUCAGGAGGGACUGGCUGUGACACAGCGUCACCGGGAUGACGACGAAACCUCGGCACGGUAUGAUGAAUUGCGGGCGGCCGAGGCCACUGCCAAGGCGGCAAAGAAGAAUACGCACUCGGAAAAGGAGUACAAGAGUGCCACCAUCAAUGAUUUGACCGAUCCACGAAAGGCCAAAUCGUAUUCCGGUUCCCUCAUGCGCUCGGGCCACACCAAAGCCAUCGUGGACUACGUCUUCAACGGCGCAUUGUUCAAGCUGUACAUUCCUUCGGAAAAUUGUUACAUACGCUUCGCGCCAAACUCGAUACGGUGUCCGCAACCAUCGCCGAGUCCGGGUGGUAAGGUGAACAAGGCAGCCGAGCCUUUCGGCGACGAGUCGAAGCGCCACGCGCGACUUCACGUCCUACAGCGUCACGUAGAAAUUGUGUGCAACGGUGUCACCAACAGUGGAAUUAUCACGGGGGACAUGAUGGUCGGACAAGGUGGACAACGUCGUGAUUACGCCAUCGAGUUGGUUGGUGCCGGCUUGGCCACGGUCGACCAACGCAAGAUUGACUAUGGAGAGGCACCACGAUCGCUCGUUGACGCGCAAUCAGCAGCACAGGAAAGUAAGGUCGGUCUAUGGUCGAUUGUCCAAGAGCAACCCGAAAUUAAGGUUGCCAAAACAGCAGUCAAAGCCAAGGAAACGGUCGCCACGAUUCGGUUAAGCGAGAUUCGCAGCGGGAAUCACUUCUUUUAUCACGUGGUGGAUGAUGAAACAGCCAAGGUUGUGGAGGAAUCGAUGAAGGUUUUCACCAAAAGCCACGGCACGGGCGGCGCUCCGUGUGACGCUAAAAUUGGCAAAGUGGUUGCCGCCUUGUUUAACGACGGCAGCGGAAAGGCAUGGUACCGUGCCAAAGUUAUCGAACGCAAAGGGCCUGGCAAGAUGGCGGUAUUGUUUUUGGAUCACGGAAAUGUGGCGACGGUCCCGGUGGCAACGCAUCUGCGCCCUCUCGAUAUGAACCUUGGGACAGAUCGUAUUCCACCGGUGGCCAAGGAGGCAGUCCUAGCUCUCACCAACACGCGACCAUUGGACAGCGAUGAGGGUAUGGAUGCGGCUCGACUGUUGCAAAGCAAAUGCUGGGGUCGCAACUUGACGGCCCGGAUUUUCGCUCCGGACGAGUCAGGCAAAGCGGCUCUAUCCAUCGCGACGGAAGCUGGUUCCGACGAAGAAACUAUCAACGCAAGUCUGGUGGUGGAGGGGCUAGCUCGCGUGGCCAAGCCAGAAACUGUGACGAGCAUCUCGAGUCGUAUGAUCGAUCCUUCGUCAUUGGUCGAGUUGGCGGCGGCACUCAACGUGGCCCAGGAAGUGGCUCGCAAGUCUCGAGUUGGUAUGUGGCGGUAUGGUGAUAUUGGCGACGAGGAUGACGACGAUAUGUAA